AUGCUAGGAUCAGAGCUAGUACGCCGUAGGGAUAAGAAAAUAUUAAAUAUCAAUUGCAUUCUCUUAGGUUGUAUUCACUUUGAUGAUGUGAUCGGCUUUUUAUCUCUUUCUUUGGCCCCCCGCUUUUUUUUUCUCUUUCUUCUUUACAACUGA